GUGAAAGACGAAAAGAACGGACAAGAGAUUUUUGACCUCAGUGACUACGAGAAGUGUGAAGAGCUCCGGAAAUCUAGGAGCCGGUCCAAGAAGAACCACAGCCGCUUCUCACUUGUGCGGUCAAAGCAGCCGGGAAAUACAGCUCCGAACCUGAUCUUCCUUGCCGUGAGCCCCGAAGAGAAGGAAUCUUGGAUCAACGCCUUGAACUCUGCAAUCACACGAGCCAAGAACCGCAUCUUGGAUGAGGUAACGGUGGAGGAGGAAAGUUUUCUGGCCCAUCCAACCAGGGAUAGAGCAAAAAUCCAACACUCAAGGCGCCCACCGACAAGAGGUCACCUCAUGGCUGUGGCAUCUACCUCAACGUCCGAUGGUAUGCUGACUCUAGACCUUAUCCAGGAAGAAGACGCCUCUCCGGAGGAGCAAAGCAGCUGUGAACAAAGCUUCAGAGUGGACCUGGACAAAUCGGUGGCCCAGCUGGCUUCCACCCGCCGCAGAUCCGACUCUGAGAAUUUCAAAUCUUCAGAGAAAGGAAAGUCGGAAAACCUACAAGCGAAAGAACAAAUUCCUUGGGAUAAAUGGGGUACGCACCGUGACUCAUUUGGAAAGGGCACAACCUACACACCUCAGGUCCCUAAAAAGUUGUCCUAUUCUGAGAAGAACAAAUGUGCCUCCAUGGAGGAGAUCCUGUCCCGUUCAGACUCUACUGGCCACCGACCCAUCCCGAAAAAGAUCCCUGAGUCAGAAAAACUGUCGCGGAUACAGGAACUGAUUACUCAGAAGAUAGACAAAACUCAGGAACUUCUCACCGAGGUGAAAGAAUGUGAGGAAGGGAAAAAAAAGGGAAAGGAUUCCUCUGGGAAGGAGGACUUGGAAGAGGCUGAGAGGCUUUUAGGAGAGGCCUCUGCCAACUGGAGGCAGGCCAGGAAGGUCCUGCAAGAAAUUAAGGAACUGAGGGACCUAUACAAACAAGCGGACCUGCAGUCCACAGACCCUAAGCAGAAACUGAGCAGUCAUUAUAGAAAAAGCCUAAUGUGA